GCGAGGGGUGUGCUGUAUGAUCUGGGGACCAUCACCAUGGCCAGAGAACUCUUACCGUGGCCUGGGUUCCGCUGUACGGUCUGGCGACCCUCACCAUGGCCUGGGUUCUGCUGUACGGUCUGGCGACCCUCACCAUGGCCAGAGAACUCUCACCAUGGCCUGGAGACCCUUGGUAUAGCCUGAGGACACCCACUGUCAUUCACGGCUCACUACCCUCAUCAUGGCUUGGUGACUCUCAUCAUGGCUUCAGGACCCCAACCAUGGCCUGGGGACCUCUGCCAUGGCCUAGGGAGCCACUGUGUCCUGGAGGACCCCUUUCCCUGAGGCACCUCAGGCUUUUGGGGAUUCCCACCACGUGUGACAUCCAGCAGAUGCCCAGCAGGGCAGGGGAGGUGCUCUGGGAGGUCUGCAUUUCUCGAAAUUUCCUGACAGUGAGUCAUGGUAGUGCCCGUCUUGGCUGCAGCAGCUGUGCAGGGCUGGAAGGCACUUUCAGGAAGUGAAACAGAUGCCAGGAAAACACCCCAACAGCCCAAGUCCACGCAAGCUUGGCCACGCACAUCCCUGGCCCUCCCAGCAUGGUGCAAUCUCCGACACACUGGAUGGAAACGAGGCUGAGGAGUGUCCCUAAAGGCCAUGUCCCCAGGGGACAUGAGUGGGCACAAGAAAUUGAGUAGAAAGCAGGGUCCUGCACCCACUGGUGUUGGCACAACAAGGACAAGAGGGGUGACAGAGGAGGCACAGCUGGCUGUGGCACCAGGGGUCUGGGCAGUGGUAGAGGAAGCCAUGGGGAAAUGGUGGAGUGGUAGCACUUGCACCAGUGGCCACUUCCAGGACACCCACAAUGCCUGGCCCUGACAAGGGUGGGUGUCAUCACAGCUGGCCUGAGACUGGGAUUGGGACUGGGGUUGGAGCUGCCUCUGAGUGAGUCCAGUGAGUCCAGCUCCCUGCUGAGUCAACCAAAUGGCAGGCUGGCACAUGGUCAUAGGCCCUAUACAUCAACCCUAAACAUCCCCUCUGCUCUCUGCCCCACACACCGUCCCUGGAGCAUCCCUCUGUUCUGCCCCACAACCCUGCUGUGCCCCAUACUCUGGUUCUGGAGCAGCCCCUGCUCUGGUCCAUGGUCUGCCUCCCCACUACACUGCUUAAGGGAAACCAACAUCCCCCAGCCCUCCAGUCUCAACACAGUAAUUGGGCAAAACUUAGUGUUGCAAAACCUGGAAAUCCCACUCUGACAGCACUUCCUUCUAGAGGCUCUUGAAAACCAGCCCCACUGACACCAGGCUCAGAGAGCAGCCAAGCAGCACUGCAGGCAGGACAGGCAGGAGCAGGCAGCCAAGUGCCUCAGAAGUUUGCAGGUACUGUGAAAUCUCUGCCCAAGACUGCAGUCAGUGGCGGCAAUGUCAUUUGUCCCUGAUCUGGACAAACUGGAGAGUAGUAGCCUGAACGAGGAGACGUUGUAUGGCCCCAAUUGUCUCUGCCCACAGAAGAAGCCCCGACUGGACUUGGAGGUGACAUCGCCUGGGGUGGGCAUCCAGGUGACAGUGACAAAAGGAUACCUUUCCAGGACCUUUCGCCAGGCUGCCAUCCUGGUGGCUGCUGUGACCAAGCUCCUGAAACAGCCAUCACACAACGACUUUGCUGAUAGUGACCUUGGCAGCUUCUUGGAUGAUAUUUUUGGUAUGAGGUUGAUGUCAGGGGUGUCACCACAGUCAGAGGAUAUUCUUGGGGGUACUCUUGGACCUGGGAGCAGCAUCCUCCUGACUGUCUUGCUUCCCACAGAGCCGGUCUCCUUCCAGUGCAUCAAGGGCAGUUAUACCAGGGCACCUGUUUUCCGCUACACUCGCUCCCAGUCCUUUGACAUCCUGGACAUCGAUCACAAGUGCUUCGUACUGGAGUCACCCACCCAGCUGGUGGCCCUGCACCUGCAGGGACCCUCUGCUGGACGGAAAGUGAAGCUUGACAUUGCUCUGUACCGUCCCCGGUCAUCACAGGGCAGUCCAGGGUCUGGAAGGGUGCCAGUGGCAUUGGGUAUCAAGGGCUACCAGCUCUAUAUGUCAUGUGUGAUGAGUGACACUAAACCCGUGCUGCAGCUGGAGGAAGCUGACAUCAGGAGGGAUAUUGAGAGUGUGGAGUUGACCCGCUUCAUCUUCUACCGCCUGGACAGCCCAGCUGAGGGGACCACCCGCUUCGAGUCAGCCGCCUUCCCUGGCUGGUUCAUUUGCACAUCCCUGCAACCCCGCCAGCCUGUCAGCAUCACAAACACCCCAGACCAGGUGAACAUUGCUACCUAUGAGCUGAGUGGGCGCUGA